UCUGCGGCAAUGGGCGCUUUUGCGAGAGUCCAGGUUGAGGUAGAGAUUGGAGCUACCAGACUCGAAGAAAUCCAAGUAGAACGAAGGCAACCAGGAACUAACGAAACAUUCUGGUUCAAACAAAAUAUUAUAUAUGAAGAUGCCUUGAUCAGAUGUGGUUUCUGCAAAAAAAUGGGACAUUCUGUCCAUGUAUGUAGAGUGAGAAUGGACGCAGAGACCAGGAAGGAGUCGCAGCGCAAAGAGAUUAUUCCAGGGGCGACCUAUGUAGAUGAAGAGGAAGGCGUCCAGAGCAAUGGUCACCGGAAUGAGAACAGUGGCCGCCGGAAUGAGCAGAAUCCGAUGGCUGGUGCGUCUAACUUGGAAAGAUUUUCCUUACUUUCGAAGGAACGAUCUCCUUCCAUGUUUGACUCGCACACUUUAAGGAACAUGGAUGGAAAAUCAGUUAUGCAUAAUUUGAAUGGAGACAUACAAAUAUGCCUUCCAUUAGAAGAAGAAGGGAAUAUGGAAGGAAAUAAUCUAGCUGACACGAAUUACUUGGAUGAUGGGGAGAAUGACUUGGAUGAUGGGGCGGAUUCUAUGGAUGGAUCGGAUAAUGGGUUGGUUGGUGGAAAUGGGUCUCUUAUCACCCAUAGGGCCAUACAAGAGAAGGAAUCUUCAAGCUCCAUUUACCAUGGUAGUGGUGAUCGGAUGAUGACCCUGUCUAGGCAUGGCGAGCAACAUGAGACUGGUCAGUGCCAAGCACUGCAAUGGUACAAUAAUGUCAUCUCGUCAUUCAACCCUCUUGAGAUUAAUGGUGGCACGGUGGUGGUUAAUCAUAAGGAGGUAGAGCAGAUAGACAAAACUCUCUGCGAAAGGGAGGCUUUGGAUCUGGUUCCUGGAAGACAGGGAAAGGGGAAACACCUGACCAAUACAGAGUAGACUUUGCGAAAGUCUGGCCGUAUUGCCUCAUCAAAAAAUAGUAAAUGAAAGCCCUCUAUUGGAAUAUUAGAGGGAUAAAGAAGGCUGCCGCAAGGUUAGCUUUGAGGAAUAUUUUAAGGGACAAAAGACCUGAUUUCCUUUGCAUUGCCGAACCUAUGAUUCCCUCUGACGCCUUUCGUACGUUGUUCUUCAACAAGCUGGGUUUUGAACCUGAUUUCAUCCAUAACGAGCGUCUACGCGGAGUCUCAAAUCUAUGGCUGAUUUGGCGAAGAGGUGUAGCAAAGCCUGUUGUGCUAUCGUCUUCUGAGCAGCAAAUCUCUGUCUCUGUGCAAUGGGCUCAGGAAAUUUUCAUCUUAUCUGUAGUGCACGCCAAAUGCCUAAGAGCUGCUAGAAGAGAAUUGUGGACCGACUUGGUGGCAACCCAUCCUGGGCUGACUACUCCUUGGAUGAUUUUUGGAGAUUUCAAUGCCACCCUUCUCUCUUCUGAAAAAAGGGGGCCUGGAAUUUUCAACCUAGGGUCAGCGGGAGAU